AUGAGUAGUUCUUGUGCAUCCUCCGCCGCGGCCGUCGUCGGCCUUUUGUCUGCACCGCGCCCCAGCGCUACUCUGCUACCUCCCUCGCUCGCUCUCCCUGCCACGAUGACAGCCGCCGCCGGCGCCAGAUGGAGGAGGAGGCAGCCGGUCUGCUGCGAAGUGGCGGUCCGAUCGUCGAGCGAUUCGGCGACGUCGUCGGAGCACAGGAUCGGAGCGAGGGUGCGGGUGACGGCGCCGCUGAAGGUGUACCACGUGCCUCGCGUGCCGGAGGUGGAUCUGACGGGGAUGGAAGGGGUGCUGAAGCAGUACGUAGGGUUAUGGAAGGACAAGACCAUCUCCGCCAAUCUGCCUUACAAGGUGGAGUUUCUGAUUGAGGUCCAAGGCCGUAGCUCCCCCGUCAAGUUCUCCGCCCAUCUCCGUGACGACGAGUUCGAGUACCUUGAUUGA